AUGCCGUCGGAAUCUAAACCUUUGUUAGCAGCUCAAACAGAAAAACCAAAUCAUUAUAAAUAUCUAAAGGAGUUUCGAGUAGAGCAGUGCCCCUCUUUCUUACAACACAAAUGUACACAACAUAGACCUUUUACAUGUUUUCAUUGGCAUUUUAAUAACCAAAGAAGACGAAGACCGGUCAGGAAAAGAGAUGGGACUUUCAACUAUAGCGCAGAUAAUUAUUGUACCAAAUAUAACGAAACGACUGGCAUUUGUGAGGAUGGAGACGAGUGUCCAUACUUACAUCGCACAGCAGGAGACACUGAGAGGAGAUAUCAUCUCCGGUAUUACAAGACUUGUAUGUGCGUCCACGAUACGGACGCUAGGGGGCUGUGCACUAAGAAUGGGGCUCACUGUGCCUUCGCGCACGGUGCACCGGACCUUAGGCCUCCUGUACUCGACAUGAGGGAACUUCAAGCUUUAGAAAAUCCUGAUAUGGCUGAUGGAGAUUCAGCCGCUCCUAACGCAUUAGACAGAGAAAGAAAUUUACAGAAUGAAGACCCUAAGUGGCAAGAUACGAAUUUUGUAUUAUCUUCUUACAAAACUGAGCCAUGUAAGAGACCACCUAGGUUAUGUAGACAAGGAUAUGCAUGUCCUCAAUAUCACAAUAGUAAAGAUAAACGUAGAUCACCGAGAAAAUAUAAAUACCGUAGUACACCAUGUCCCAAUGUGAAGCACGGCGAGGAGUGGGGCGAACCUAGCAAUUGUGAGUCUGGAGACUCAUGCGGCUACUGCCAUACGCGCACCGAACAACAGUUCCACCCUGAAAUAUAUAAGUCUACUAAGUGCAACGACGUGCAACAGGCGGGCUACUGCCCGCGCGGCCUCUUCUGUGCUUUUGCGCACGUGGAACCCGAGGAGCUGGGCGGCGGACGUGAGCUGGGCGGGCCGCUAGACUGCGGCACCAACCUAGCCGAACUUCUAACAUCGGCGCUGCCGCCCGACAAGAAGCUGAGCGAGGCGCGAGCCGCCACCCCUCCCGCUGUGCACUCUAACGGAAGCGGUGACGGCUCCGAGUGCGCCUCCACGUCCAGCGCCGGCUCCGGGCCCCGCGCUCCGCCUCGCACGCUGCUGCCGCGCGCGCUCGAGCACGACGAGCACGCCGCGCACGCCGUCUGCGCCACCGUACUGCAAGAGGUGGCCGGCAACAAGGUGGACGAUUUCCAGCUCGACACCCCGCUCAAUCUCGUGGCCUCGCUCGAUCGCGACCUGUCCGACGGCGAGGGCCUCCUGGGUGGCUCCGCGCCCGUCAACAUCCCGCAGGCGCGUGGGGGCCUCCGCGGCUUCAGCCCGCCGAGCGGCGGCUCACCGCUGCCGCCCUUCCUGCGCUACGACACGGAGCGCCUGUUCAACUCGCACGCUAUCAAGGCGGGCAGCUUCGGCGGCGGCGGCAGCUUCGAGUACGCGAGCGCCUCGCCCGAGGUGUCGCGCCUGCGCGAGGAGCUCGCCUCCAACCGCGCCGCCGUGGCGCGCUGGGACGAGCGCAUCGCGCAGGCGCGCUCGGCGUGCGAGGCGUGGAAGCGCGAGGCCGAGGACGCGGCGCGCGCGGCCAGCGUGGCGGAGCGCCAGCGCGACGACGCGCUCGCGCACGCGCGCGCUCUCCGGCGCGAGCUGGACGGAGCGCGCGCCGCGCUGGCCCCGCGCCCCAACCUGCGCAACGUGCCCCUCACGCAGCUCAAGGCCAUGCAGGUGCAGGCGCGCGCCGACCUGGAAGAGAUCGAGAAGGUGCUGUACCUGGAGACGGCCACCAAGUGCAUGGUGUGCGAGGAGCAGCCGCGCUCGGUGACGCUGGCGCCCUGCAACCACUACGUGCUGUGCGACAAGUGCGCGGGUACUACGGAGGAGUGCCCGUACUGCCAGACGCCGGUGCAGCACAUGCAGUAG